AUGGCAGCGCACGCCCUACAAGAGCAGCGAGGCGAGGGGCAGGAGCAUCAGCGCGAGAACUUCCCGCAACUUGGGUUUGAUGCCCUGCCGCUGGAGGUCCGCUUGCAGUGCCUGGCCAACUGCGACUGGCAGACACUGGCCCGCGCCAGCUGCGUCAACCUAUCGACUAGGGCACUGGUUGACUACUUGGUGCGAACCCCAUACUGGCGCACAUAUAGCGAGGAGCAGCCCGCGGUGCUGUGUACCGACUUUGCCACGCCCGAGGAGCGGCAGGCGGCAUGCAGCAAAUGGGCGGGGGGACUGACCGCCACGCUGUGCGGCCACGGCAAGCCAGACAUCUGCUUUGUGUUUGUGUCGUCCAGGAGUCAUGCCAACCUGCCGGUCAUGCUGCGCGAGCUGCGGGCCAACCUGGCAAAGUGCACCCUGCUGGCGGGCGUGGUGGCGCCCGGCGUACUGGGGCGAGACACGGAGCGCGGCAGCAUCAAGGAGGUGGACAGCGUGGAGCGCGUGGGGCUGGUGGUGUCUGUGCUGCACCUGCCGCCGGGCUCGUCCCUGCACGCGGCGCUUAUCAAUGACGGCCUGACGCCAAACUACUCCAACCCAGACUGGCAGCCUCCUGAGGGCGAGCUUCCGCACGGCCCGGCCAAGCACACGCGCACCUGGCUGGUACUCAGCGACCGCCAUGCACACGUGGACGGCGUGCUGCAAGAGCUUGGCCGGCGGUAUCCAGGCGAGGCAAUUUGCGGGGGGAUGGGGGGUGGCACCGAUGGCACCUCCUCCCUGCUGGUGGGCCUGCCGGGGCGGACGGCUGAGCAGAAGCUGCACGCCGAGCGCUUCAUGGUGUCCCAAGUGUCGGCCAACGUUGACCUGUCGCCUGUGGGGCGCGUGACGCUGGUGCAGCAGCUGCAGAACAGCAUCUCGCUGGCCACUGGGGCGGACAACCUGACCUGGGUCCCCGUGGGCGGCAGCUUCACCCCCACCAGCGCCCUGGUAGCGGCGCUGCAGGCACAGGGUGCCAACGUGGCGCCGCGCGCGCCGCUCUUCUUUGGCGUGCGCUCCCCGGGGGUCAGCCAGGGGGAGGACGACCCGUGCAAGAUGGUCAUGCUGCAGAUGCACGACCCCAACAACCUGAUGCGCACCAGCGGCUAUGUCAGCGUGCAGCAUCCGGUGGAGCGGGGCAUGAUUGCGGCCUUCUACACGCCGCAGCCCAGCCUGAGCAGGCUGCAGCUGCAGGCGCGGCUGACGGCGAGGGCCGAGCAAGUGCGCAGCAGAGACUACUCGGAGGAGGUGAAAACGGAUGCGGGAUACCUCGGCAGCGUCUCAUCAGACAGCAUCCACAUGGUGCUUGAUGUGAAGCCGGCGCCGGUGUACGGCUGCCUGCUGUUCCCUUGCGUGGCCAAGGGGCAGCGAUACUACGACGAGGCCGAUGUGGAGACGCAGAUGGUGCAGUCCAACUUCCCGGGCGCCGCCAUGUGCGGGUUCUUCUGCAACGGCGAGAUUGGGCCCUCGCCGCCAGAUGAGCUGGCGCCUGGGGAAGCCCAGGAGGCGCGGAUGAUGGGCUACAGCACAGUGGUGUGCAUGCUGAAGCUCAGCCCGGCGCCGCCGCCACCAGCAGAUUGGGCCCGAUGA